AUGGGGAAUAUCUGCUCGCGCUCCUCUAACGAGCCCGACGCCUUCGCCGGUACCGGUCGUGUUGUCGGAACCAACCCCUCGGAUCGAUCGACUGCCCCUCGAGCUUCCGUCCCUGCACAAGCCAAUUGGAAGAAUACCCCGGGUCGGACGCUCGGGGACAGUUCCCCGGGAGGAGCGCAAGGGGGUGGUGACGAGGCACGUUCAAAUGCUGCUAUUGCUGCACAGAACGGGAAGACACUAAUCAUUGUGGGGUUACAGAAACGGGCCGAGACCGCGUCGUCCGCCAACAAGGGAAAGCUAGCGUCGAAGCUUGCAGAACAAAAGUUGAAGACGCAAGCACAGACUUUGAACGAAGUAAGCGAAGCUGAGAGAGCAAACCGAGCGCAGGAUGACCAAAGGAAAAUGGCGGCCUAUCAAUAA